CUCUCUCACCUUUGGAUUGGAAUCCAUAGAUCAAAAAUGAGCAAGCCCACAGCUUUAUUAAUGAACCGGUAUCUCUUGGUGCCAUUCUCUCUCGGACUGACUCAAUUAGCAAUGAAUAGGAGCGGUCUCCUAAAGGCUUUCUGCGCUGAACAUCGCUGGGCCACCGCUUUGCUUUUCGGCUUCGUCGGUUCCAUCGUAUCAGCUAUGGUUGGAUGGAAAUCCCUGCAAGCUCCUCUUCAAUUCAUCUACUCUUGCUUCUUAAAGCCUCUUGGUUAUCACGGUCAUAAUCAACAAGAUCGUCUUGAGUCGUUUUAUCAAGAUCAGGCUGAUGUUUACGAUGCCACUCGUGGAGGUUUGCUUCGUGGUCGCAAGACCAUGCUUAAGCUCUGUGCUGCACAACUCAAGCAACAAGCUUCACUUUUGAAAAAUGAAGAAGAUCUUGUUUGGAUCGAUAUUGGAGGCGGAACCGGCUGGAAUAUUGAGCGUAUGAAUUCGUACUAUCCUAUUGAGAAGUUUCACAAAGUUUACUUGGUCGACUUGACUCCUUCGCUAUGCCGCAUCGCUAGAGAACGCUUCCAACGUCGCGGAUGGACUAACGUUGUUGUAUUGUGUGAGGAUGCAGCCAAUUUUGACCUUCCUGGACUCCCUGAUAUGAACGGAAAGAUCGGUUUGAUUACCAUGUCAUAUUCUUUGUCCAUGAUUGAUAAUUUCUUCCCUGUUAUUGAUCGUAUUGAAAAACUCUUGUCCCCACACGGUAUUUUUGGUAUUGCCGACUUUUAUGUUUCCGGAAGAUCUCCAUCCCCUGCUGAGAAACUUUCCGGAAGCCAAAACCGACAAUGCUCAUGGUUUACACGUUUCUUCUGGCAAAUUUGGUUUGACUUUGACCAUAUCAACCUCGCUCCCGGUCGCCGUGAUUAUGUUGAAUACAAGUUUGGUACUCUUAAGUGUCUUAAUGCUCGCAACCACUUUGUUGUUCCCUACGUCGUUCAGAUUCCCUACUACAUUUGGCUCGGAUGCUCUCACUCCCGACCCAUUGAGGAAAUUCCGCUUGAAAUGGAUACGCCCGCUUCAUCUGGAUCAUCCGUCAUAGAAUCACCAACUGCAUCUGUCUCUGGUCAACAAACUGGAGCCGAACUUGAGAAGAGCCUUUCCGUUGUUUCACGAUCCUCAUCAUACAAAUACCAGUCCAACAAAUGGCGCUUGGCAUAUGACCCCUCUCUUGCUUGCCACACACAGUUCCGAUCAUACAUCUAUGCCUUUACAUGGGAAGAUCCUCGUGUGGAUUUGGAACAUCUCGAUCUGACCGAGUCAGACACAAUGUUUGUUAUUACCUCUGCAGGUGAUAACGCUUUAGAAUAUGCUAUCAAGGCCAAACCCCAACGCAUUCACUGUAUUGACAUGAAUCCUUGCCAGAACCAUUUACUUGAGUUGAAGCUUGCUGGAAUUACAUCACUAGAAUUUGAAGACUUCUGGAAGAUGUUUGGUGAUGGUCGACACCCUCAGUUCGAGACUCUUCUUCACGAUAUCAUCUCACCCCAUCUCAGUUCACAAGCUCUUCAAUACUGGUCGCAUAACUCCGAUCGCUUCUCACACAAGUUCUACAAGACUGGAUAUUCAGGUCUGGCGGUUACACUUGUCGAGUGGUGGAUCAAGAUGCAGGGAUUGCAACAAGAUGUCCAUAAUAUGUGCCAUGCUGAGACAAUCGAAGAGCAAAAGCGCAUUUGGGUCGAAAAGAUAAGGCCGGCCAUCUUUUCUCCUAUGAUCCGAAAGGUUUUGAACAACCCUAUGUUCAUGUGGAAUGCUUUGGGUGUGCCAAUGAACCAAAUGAACAUGUUCUUGAACGACGGAACAACCCAACAAUAUAUUGAAGAUACCCUUGAACCUAUUGCUUCUCGCUCUUUGUUCAGAAAUGAUCAAUACUUCUUCUACCUUUGCUUGAUGCAAAAGUAUGCUCGUGAAUCAUGCCCUUCAUACUUGACCAAAGAGGGAUUCAAGGUCUUGAAGGAAACUACUGCCACUGACGCAUUUAGACUACAUACCGACUCUAUUGUCAACGUUUUGCGGUCGUUACCCGAGAACUACCUGACAAGAAUGAUUGUCAUGGAUCAUAUGGAUUGGUUCUCACCAGAUGGAAAGGAUUUGGAGGAAGAGAUCAUUGAGAUGGCCAGAGCUACCCAGAAGAAUGGAAGAGUCUACUGGCGUAGUGCUGGAAAAUACCCCUGGUACAAUAAGAUCUUUGAAAAGCAUGGCUUUGACGUUAAGCCUGUAAGCAUUAGAGAGUCUGGUCACUCUAUUGAUAGAGUGAAUAUGUAUAGCAGUUUCUGGGUGGCAUAUAAACUUUAGUGGAUAUUCUUGUAAAAUAAUAGGAAAAUGAAUAGCAAUAAAAAAAAUACCAGUAUUGAAUUUAUUAAAAUUAAAUAAGCCAAUUUUCC